GUUCUGUUUCCCAAGGCUACAGCGAAACUCCUGUUUCGGACCUUUCAAGAGAUCCUCAUGUGCUCUUUAACAUCAACAAAUGUACCUCACCUCAAUAUUCAAUUCAAGGACAUUUUGCACAUACAUGGUAUGUGGCCUGACCGUUCCCUAUAAAGCCUUUGGCGGUUUGGCAGUGGGCCUAUGGUUUCGUCGAUCUUCUGAGGUUCCUGGGUGCUAAUUAUGGCUGUCCGAGCUCAGUUAUGCGACCACUUAAAAACCAGCUAUUCAAAGGACAGACGUCCAAAGAAGCUUCCUGUGAGACAUGGCACGUCUGCGCCUGUUUGUCACUCUUGCGUUCUCCUCUCUUGUAACUCUCGUUGCCAGCCAGCAGCAAGUUUUCCAGCAAUGCGGCGGAAAUCAAUGGACCGAGCCAACCAACUGCCACGGUAGCGGUUCGUCUUGUAUCGUGCUCAAUGAUGACUACUAUCAGUGCUUGUCCACGGCGGCUUCCACUAGUGCUGCGAGUAGCACAAGCACCUCUAUUCCUAAAGCUACCAAUAUGUCGCCAGAAUGGCAAGCUGCCUAUACAAAGGCUAAAGCAUCGGUGGCAAAACUGUCGUUGGAGGAGAAGGUUGAUUUAGCUACAGGUGUUGGUUGGAUGAACGGAAAUUGUGUUGGGAAUACGCCGGCGAUACCUAGUAUCUCGUUCCCGGGCCUCUGUCUAGAAGAUUCUCCCCUAGGUGUUCGUUUCGCCGACAAUGUCUCCGCUUUUCCGGCUGCAAUUAAUGCAGCAGCCACGUUCAAUCGUACUCUAAUUGGUCAACGUGGUGUGGCAAUGGGCCAAGAAUUCCGUGGCAAAGGCGUACAUGUUGCUUUAGGACCUAUGAUGAACACUAUGCGUGCCCCAGCUGCCGGUCGAAACUGGGAAGGAUUCGGAGGUGAUCCCUACCUGUCUGGAGAGGGGGCAUACGAAACUAUCAUGGGUCUACAAUCAGUUGGCGUACAGGCAACUGCGAAGCAUUAUAUCAACAACGAGCAAGAACACUUUCGAGAGACCAGCUCCUCAGAUCAACACGAAAUAUAUGCUCACCCUUUUCUUCGUGCCAUACAAGCGAAUGUUGCGGCAGUCAUGUGCAGCUAUAUCAACGGGAGCUUCGCGUGUGAAAACGACAAGACGCUGAAUGGUAUAUUGAAGACAGAAUUCGGUUUUCCAGGUUACUGGCAAGCGACACAUUCUACGGGGUCGAUCAAUCUCGGACUAGACAUGACCAUGCCUGGCGAUACUUUCUUUGGCUCGGGAAUAUCCUAUUUCGGACCUGCACUGGUAAGCGCAGUCAACCAGGGCACUGUGCCAGAAGCUCGGAUCGACGAUAUGGCAACACGCAUUCUAGCUGCAUGGUACCUCCUUGGACAAGAUUCUGGAUAUCCAGAUGUCAACUUCGACGCUUGGGAUAAGACCACUCCGGUAAAUACUCAUGUCGACGUCCAGAGUGAUCACAAGAAUGUCAUUCGUGCGAUUGGUCAAGCUUCUACCGUUUUGCUCAAGAAUUCGCGAGGGGUGCUUCCUUUGAAAGCUCCUCAUACUUUAGCAAUCAUAGGAAGCGGGGCUCGUAAUGGUACACUGGGACCUAAUGGGUACUCGGACCGUGGAGGAGACGAUGGGGUGCUAGCGAUGGGAUGGGGAAGCGGUACCGCAGAUUUCCCGUACCUCAUAGCUCCAUUAGACGCACUCACUGCGAAGGCUUCUGCUGAUGGAACGAAGGUAUCCUCCUCCACGAGUGAUACAGAUCUCAACGCGGCGGCUAAUGCGGCGGCCGGAAAGGAUGUCGCCAUUGUAUUCAUAACCGCUGAUUCUGGAGAGGGAUACAUUACAGUGGAAGGGAAUUUUGGGGACCGAAACGAUCUGCUUGCUUGGCAUGGCGGGGAUGCGCUGGUGCAAUCGGUAGCAAGCGUCAACCCCAACACCAUAGUGGCAGUUAACAGUGUUGGUCCUAUCACGAUGGAAAAUUGGAUCGAGAACGAGAAUGUGACCGCAGUAGUCUGGAGCGGACUUCCCGGGCAAGAAGCUGGCAAUGCUGUAACUGAUGUUCUUUACGGCGUCUAUAACCCAAGUGGUCGUCUUCCGUAUACGAUUGCCCGUAGUGCCGGCGACUACUCGGCCGCGGUCAUCUACAGUUCGAGUUCCCCAAUACUUGAUAUCCCAUACAAUGAGGGGCUUUUCGUUGAUUAUCGCCAUUUCGACGCACAAGGAAUCAAACCUCGGUUCGAAUUCGGCUUUGGGUUGUCAUAUACCACUUUUGAAUACUCUCAUCUACGUAUCUCCGGAACCACUGCGGGGAAUAUUCCCACUGGACCUGGCUCCUCUCUUGAUCCCUCGCUACAUGAAUCCGUGGUAAAGGUCGGAUUCACAAUCAGGAAUGUUGGAAAAGUCACGGGACAUGAGAUCCCUCAAUUGUACAUUUCGCUACCUCCCUCUGCGAAUUCUCCGCCGCAGGGUCUGAAAGGGUUUGACAGCAUUUACCUUAAACCCGGAGAAAGUACGAGAGUUACGAUGGAGCUUUCGAGGUACUCAUUUGCGAUCUGGGAUGUGAAAGCUCAGAAAUGGGUUAUCCCGUCUGGAACCUCGAAGAUAUCUAUAGGAAGUAGUAGUAGGAAUAUUCGGCUGACUGGUACUUUGGUAUUGUAGUUUUAAGCCAGAAACUUAGCAAAUGAUAUGAUGAUGUCAUGUAUACUAGUUUUUCAUCCUUACCAACUGAGCGAGGCGACCAAAGACGAGACGUCUAGUAUCUCAAUGCACUCCAUUUCUAUCGUACGACUCCAUUUUAUUCUUGUCUGAUUUACUGCAGUUCCUGCUCUUCAGCUUCAAGUCCGGGCUCUGCUCUU